AUGGAGGCCUCGGCUCUGAAGGGCUGGGAGCUGGAGAACAACGUCAAGCUCGUUGACCCGAACCGCGACUCCCUCUACAACUUCAACAGUAAUAGCCAAAAGAUCCUGCGUGCGGCCAAGCCGUGGAGGAGCGACCCCAACCAUUUCAAGACUGUGCGCAUCUCGGCCGUUGCACUCAUCAAGAUGGUUAUGCACGCCCGGUCCGGCGGCAACAUCGAGGUCAUGGGCCUGAUGCAGGGCUUCGUCGAGGACGGCGCCCUAGUGGUGACCGACGCCUUCCGCCUGCCCGUCGAGGGCACCGAGACCCGCGUGAACGCGCAGGAGGAGGCCAACGAGUACAUGGUCAACUUCCCCGACCUGGCCCGCGACCAGGGCGCCCGCAUGGAGAACAUCUUGGGCUGGUACCAUAGCCACCCGGGCUACGGCUGCUGGCUGUCGGGCAUCGACGUCGCCACCCAGCACAACUGGCAGACCUUUGAGGACCCCUUCGUCGCCGUCGUCAUCGACCCCCACCGCACCAUCAGCGCCGGCAAAGUCGAGAUCGGCGCCUUCAGGACCUACCCCGAGAACUACAAGCCCACCGGCGUCGCCGGCUCUGACGGCUACCAGACCGUGCCCAUGGCCAAGGCAGAGGACUUUGGCGCCCACGCCGACCGCUACUACAGUCUCGAGGUCGAGACCUUCAAGAGCACCCUCGAGUCGCAGCUGCUGGACCUGCUGUGGAACAAAUACUGGGUCCAGACCCUCUCUGCGAACCCCCUGGUUACCAACCGCGACUACGGCACCAGGCAGCUCUUAGACCUGGGGUCCAAGGUCAGGGAGCUCACCAAAGACCUGCAGCGCAAGACACGCGCCCACCCGCAGAUAGACAGCCUCUUCUCGGGCGGUAGCACGAGCUUGUCGGCCGUCAACCAGAACCUCGAUAAGCUGGCAAGGGACAGCAAGCAGAUCGCCGCCAAGGAAGAGACUGGCCUGAUGGCUGUGCAGGUCAAGGCCAAAAUUUUCAAUGGCUUGGGAGGUGACUUCUGA